GAAACAAUGUCCAUCACUAUCCCAUUGUUAACAAGAACAUAAAUGAAGUAUAAGAAAAUAAGAUUAUUUUCUUUUAAAAAGAAAUAAUAUAAAAAUUGAAGUGCAAGUAAUCUGGAGUUUGUGGCUUUUUGUUCUAUAAACAAAACAUGGGGUUUCCCCCCCUUUGGCUUUGUACAAUCCCAAAGUCCCAUCUCCUCUGUUUCCUGUUCCUGUUUCUCUAUGCUCUCUCUCAGCAGCAAUGCCUGCAAAACUAAGCAAUCUCUUCUCACUUUCUCCAACUAAUAUUACUAAUAACAACAAUACUUGUUAUUUCUCCUCCAAAACAACAUUACUUCUUCUUUCCCUCAUCUUCUUCCUUCUCUUCCAUUCUUGUCUUUCCAUUGACAACCAAGGUCAAGCUCUUCUAUCAUGGAAGAACACCUUAAACACCUCCACAGACACACUACACUCAUGGAAGACUUCAGACAAGACCCCUUGCAGUUGGUUCGGUAUUCGUUGCAACGAAAAAGGACAAGUUGUUGAGCUGAGUUUACAGUCAAUGGAUUUACAAGGUCCAUUGCCUUCAACUCUACAGCCUCUAACCUCUCUCAACACACUUGUAUUGUCUUCUUCAAAUCUAACUGGUGAAAUUCCAAAGGAGUUUGGUGAUUAUAUGGCAUUAACACUGAUUGAUAUCAGUGACAAUUCCAUUACAGGAAAAAUCCCAGAUGAAAUCUGCAGGUUGCAGGGGUUACAGAGUCUUUCUCUUCACAGUAACCAUCUUGAAGGGUCAAUCCCUUCUGAUAUCGGCAACCUGACAAACCUCGUUUCUCUGACGAUAUACGACAAUCAACUGAGCGGCGAAGUUCCAGUAAGCAUCGGAAAACUGCAGAAGCUGCAAGUGUUUCGAGGAGGCGGGAAUCAGAAUCUCAAAGGGGAAAUCCCAGUUGAGAUUGGGAACUGUACUGAAUUGGUGAUGCUUGGGAUUUCUGAGACUAGCAUCUCAGGUAGCCUACCGAAAUCGAUAAAAAACCUGAAGAAAAUUCAGACAAUUGCAGUAUACACUUCUCUACUUUCUGGUCCUAUCCCAGAAGAGAUUGGUGAUUGCACUGAGUUACAGAACUUGUACUUGUAUCAGAAUUCAAUAUCGGGUUCAAUUCCGAAGAGGUUAGGGGAGCUGCAAAAGCUUCAGAAUCUGCUUUUAUGGCAGAAUAGUAUUGUGGGUACUAUUCCUGAUGAACUUGGGGGAUGCAGUAAUCUCUCUGUCAUUGACUUCUCUGAGAAUUUGCUCACAGGAAGUAUACCUAAAAGUUUAGGGAACCUCUUGGGUUUACAAGAGCUUCAACUGAGUGUGAACCAGUUAUCAGGAACCAUACCUACUGAGCUCACUCACUGCACAGAACUAACUCACUUAGAAGUCGACAACAACGCGCUUUCUGGUGAGAUACCGGAAAGUAUUGGGGAACUGAAAAGCUUGACUCUUUUCUUUGCUUGGCAGAAUAAUCUCACCGGAAAAAUUCCCACGAGUUUAGCUCAGUGUGAAGAGCUUCAAGCACUUGAUCUCUCUUACAACAGGAUUUUCGGUCCGAUUCCUAGAGAGAUUUUCGGGUUGAGGAAUCUCACAAAGUUGCUUCUACUUUCAAAUGAUUUGUCAGGGUUCAUACCUCCUGAUGUAGGAAACUGUACAAAUUUGUACAGGUUUCGAGUGAAUGAUAAUAAACUGGGUGGUACUAUUCCAUCAGAAAUUGGGAAUUUGAAGACCUUAAAUUUCCUUGAUUUAAGCAAGAAUCGGUUUACCGGAAGUAUACCGCCUUCUUUGUCAGGUUGCUCAAGCUUGGAAUUCUUCGACGUGCACUCGAAUGGGCUCACAGGGUCCUUACCAGAUGCAUUGCCUAAAAGUCUACAGUUUGUAGAUAUAUCAGACAACAGACUCACAGGUACACUACCACCUUCUAUUGGUUCUUUGAAUGAGUUAACUAAGCUUAAUCUGGGUAACAAUCAAAUCUCUGGUCAAAUUCCUGCUGAAAUUUUAUCCUGCAAUAAGCUACAAUUGUUAGACCUGGGAAAUAAUGGUUUUUCAGGGGAGAUACCGAAAGAACUCGGUCAACUCCCAGCAUUAGAGAUCUCUUUAAACCUUAGUUACAACCAAUUUUCAGGAACAAUUCCAACACAAUUCUCUGGUUUAACUAAGUUAGCAGUUCUCGACCUUUCUCACAACAAGCUCAAUGGCAACUUAGGUAUCCUAGGAAGCUUACAAAACCUUGUUUCUUUGAAUAUCUCCUACAAUGAUUUCUCAGGUCAGUUGCCAAACACCCCUUUCUUCCACAAACUCCCUCUAAGCAACCUUGCUGGGAACAAAGCCUUGUACAUAUCUGAUGGGAUAGAAAACUCAGCUGAUAAACAUGACCGAAAAGCUCGUUACACAAUGAAGUUAGCCAUGUCAAUCUUGGUUAGCAUUAGUGCGGUUUUAAUACUACUAGGAAUCUAUAUGCAAGUUCGUGCUAGAUUGGAGCAACGAAAUCUGAUGGAAGAUGAAACUUGGGAAUUGACUCUUUACCAAAAGAUGGAAUUCUCAAUAGAAGAUGUAAUCAACAAUCUGACUUCAGCUAAUGUAAUAGGAACAGGUAGUUCUGGAGUUGUGUAUAAGGUAACUAUGCUUAAUGGGGAGACACUUGCAGUAAAGAAGAUGUGGUCUACUGAUGAAAUAGGGGCAUUCAAGUCGGAAAUUCAGACCCUAGGUUCAAUCAGACACAAGAAUAUAAUCCGACUUUUGGGGUGGGGAUCGAACAGGAGGAUCAAAUUCCUGUUCUAUGAUUACCUCCCAAAUGGGAGUUUAAGCUCCCUACUUCAUGGUGCUAUGAAGGGUGGAGGAACAGAGUGGGAAUCAAGAUAUGAUAUUGUUCUUGGGGUCGCUCACGCGCUUUCUUAUUUGCACCAUGAUUGUGUGCCUGCUAUCUUACAUGGGGAUGUCAAAGCCAUGAAUGUGUUGUUGGGUUCUAGAUUCGAGCCUUACCUUGCUGAUUUUGGGCUAGCCACACUUGUUGAUGGAUGUUCUAAAAUCAAUCAAAGACCACACCUUGCUGGUUCGUAUGGUUACAUGGCACCCGAACUUGCUUCAAUGCAACGAGUGACAGAGAAGAGUGACGUCUACAGUUUCGGGGUGGUUCUACUCGAGGUUCUAACAGGGAAACACCCACUUGACCCAGCAUUACCAGGGGGAGCCAACUUAGUCGAUUGGGUCCGAGACCACCUACAAAAGAAAGGUGAACCAGCUGACAUUCUUGACUCCAAACUCAGAGGAAGAGCUGAUCCUCAGAUGCACGAGAUGGUGCAGACUUUAGCUGUCUCAUUUUUAUGUGUCAGUAAUCGAGUUGAUGACCGUCCUUCAAUGAAGGACGUCGUAGCUAUGCUCAGAGAAAUUCGACACGAAGAUAGUGCUAGACCAGACACUGAUUUGACCAAAGGGACAGUACAAUCUCUACCUACACCUUCUCCUAAAAGGAAUGUGAUUAGCCAAGGGUCUUCUAACUGCUCAUUCACUUUCUCUGACGAUUCGUUAUGUUAAACAGGGUCUUUAAUCUGAAUACUAAGAGUUUGAUAUCUUACACAAUAUUUAUGGAUGGGUGUAGAUUAUAUUUAUACUAAUAAUUAGCAGUAAUUUGUACCAUAAGUUUGUAAUGUAGUAUUAGAAUAGAACAGAACAUCAGCGCGGUUAAUAAUUUUCGACUGUAAGUUUUAACAAUGUCUUGUGCAAUGCGGGAAUGUCAGGAAAAGGGUUGAAAGUCUAGUGAUGUAUAAAUGAAGAAAGUGGUCAUGACAGAAUGUAAAAGGUAGUUUUAUGGAGAGAUGGGAUCAAUGAUUGGUUUGGAUUGUUGUUAAUCAGAAUUUAAUGCAAGAGGGAAUGAGAUUCCUUUUGAUAUUCCAAGUGAA